AUGCAUAAGGCUUGUGAUUCGCGAAAAGAGAAAUUAAGAAACUGCUUCAAAAAUAGUCUUGGUACGACAAAAGCAGGACGGCAAGCAAAGGCCAAUGCUACAGAUGUCUUCAAAGCCGUAUUGUGGAGUGUCGCUGAAUCCGAGAAGCCAAUGUGUUCCCUUCAGGAAGCGGUGGCAUAUUCAAAGCUCUAUUACCAUACGCGUAUUAAGGCAACGGCUGAUGAAGUACUGAAAGCUGAAGCAGAAUUACUGCAAGCAGAAAACAAGACACCUAUGAAUGGAAAGCAUAUUGCCAUUGUGAAGCAGCACACAGCAAGCCUCUAUAGUGGAGAGACUGAUGAGGUUAAGGCAGAGGUACAAAGAUACAUUGAGAAUCAGAAGACUCGGACACAGAAGGACGAUGAGGCGGGGAACAUGGAGCGAAGGCGAUUAUGCAAGCUUAUGAGACCACAUAGAAAUAUAGAAAAACUUGCCGCUAUCGCUAACAAGUUCCUCAAGGGGCCAGCGGAAGCCACUGGGUUCACAUUCUCCCUCCUGGCAGGUGGCCCUUCUCCAGAGUCCAGCGGCUCAAUUGAUGUCUAUAGGCAUUUUCCAAGUGGGUCACACCAAGUUCGGAAACGACUUCAGCAAGGCAUACCCUGA